AGUUAAUGCGUAAGGGAAGAGACAGAGAGGAAAAAAAGGGGAAGUGGAGUGCUCUCUUUGGAAACGCUCGUUAGAAUAAAAAAGCUCUUUGGAAAUCAUUACUGGGUUGGCUGUGUAUUUUUAUAUUAAUAUAAUUAGUAAGGUGGAGGAGAGGGAAAGGAAAGAAAAAGGUGAAGGAAAGGAAAAGCGGAAAAAAGAUGGUGUUGGUUAGUAAGGAAGAGGAGAAGAAGAAGCAAGGAGUAUUGUUGCGGGUGACCUUGUUCGUUCAGAUGCGAGUUGUUUUCUCCGGGGAAAAGGGAAACUUGUCCGUUCUCGUUCUUCUCCUUCUUUUCAUUCUCAUUCUCAUCCUCCCCAGUAUUUGAUUCUUCUUCUUUCUUACUUUCUUUCUUGUUUCUUGUUUUGAUCUAUGACUUGUGCGAGUCUGUGUCUUUUCUUGAUGGUGGAGGGAUAUACUUGGGGUGUGUCACUGUUGUGAUGCUCGAAUCGGUCGCCGGAUGCAUUCUUGACGACUCUGGAAUCGGUUAGGUGUUGAGGGGUAUUCUUUUUAGGGUUUUGCGGUCUUCUGCUUCGGCUUCUGGUUGCUGUUUGUUCUGUGUUGCUAAUUUAAUCAAAAGGAUUUCUUGUUUCUUUGAUGUUGUUGUUGUACAAAAUAUUAUUAGAUUUGUGCAAUCUUUGGGCUUUUUUGGUGUUAGGUUGUUGUGGAUUUCCUCCUCCAAUGUAUUUUGUGAUUCUUGGAGGAUUUAAGCUCUGUUUCUAGUUUUAAGCCCAUUUCGGAAGAUCGAAAAAGGGAGGAAAAAGAAAAGAAAAGAAAAGAAAAGAAAUAUCAGAGUCAGUUGUAAGGGUUUUUGUUUUUGUUAAAAAAAAAAAUUCUAAAAAACACAUCCGAAUCACCCACCAUUUUUAUUGUGGGGGGUUUAUCAAAUUUUCACUUUUGUUAAUUUUCUUUUCAAAAUAUUUCUAUAAGGAAGUGUUGGGGUGAUUGGGUCUGAGGUUAGCGAUAUUAUGUUAUGUUCAAUGUUGUGAAGUAUAGUUUCUAAAUUUAGAUCAAGAAGAAGGAAGAGGAGUUAUACGAUUUUCAUUGGGUCAUUACAUUCUAUGGGAGUACCUGAUAGUUCACUACUAGAUCUAAUAAAGAAGGUUAGAUCUUGGGUAUCUUGGGUAGCAAGCGAUAAACUAUAUUUGUCCGGGGAAUUUGAAAUGUCUGAUAACACUUGCAAAAUGUGUUGUGAGUGCAAUACAAAUCUUGCUGGGAUUUCUCAUAGAUACCAUUGCCAAAGCUGUGGCAGGGGGAUGUGUGGGAAAUGUAUUCGUGGUUAUGACUUGUCGGUUUUUGAAUCGUAUAGUUUCAAGAGUAAGGCUGAGGGUGGUGAGGGGACUAUCAAGUGCUGCAGGUUCUGUUCUGAUGUUAGUGUAAGGCGUGAAGGCGGGAGGAAGUCUAGUGAAAAAGUGCAUCCUUCUGCGUCUCCCCAAGAAAGCCCUCGAGAAAGCCCGGAACCACCAUCUCCGUCUUGUUUUGAUGGUGAAAGAAUCGGUUGUUCCAUGAAUAGAGAAUCGAUUCGAAGUGAUCACCUUGCUCACUAUUUUGAAACCAGGGAAUAUGGGUAUUCUCCACAUGCAAUGGCCCGCAGGCGCAUGACCUCUUUUAGUGGUCACCCAUCUCCUGUAUCUGUUCGUCACUCUCCCUGCAGGAGUGAUGAAGACGAGGCAGAGGAUUCUGGAAAGCAAUUUUUCAUCCCAUCCAGUGAAUAUUGUCAUGAAAACUCAGACACAGAUUUGAGUAGUCUUAGUGCUAGAAAUGAGUUUUACAGUUUUAGGUCAGUGGGAUCUAGUCCGUUAGACAGCCCCUCUAGGAUUAAUUUUACUUCUAAUAGAGUUGGGCAUUCUGUACAGCAGGGGCAAGAGGGAAGCCCUAUUUCUCAGAAUGAUGUUCCCUUUGAUCAAGAAACAAUGGCUAUUUUGGGAAAGCCUGAUUUAGGUUCUGAGGAUCCAUAUAACAAUGAUGAUUGCUCCGAUGACUUGUCAGUUUUUAGAAACCAGUACAAGAAGUCUCAACGGCCAUUGGAUUUUGAGAACAGUGGUCAUAUCUGGUUUCCCCCACCUCCUGAUGAUGAAAAUGAUGAGGGGGAGAGUAAUUUUUUUUCAUAUGAUGAUGAAGAUGAUGAUAUUGGGGACUCCGGUGCGAUGUUCUCAUCCAGUAGCAGCCUUUCUUGUAUGUUUCCAGCUAAGGAGAAACAGAAUGAGGGUAAUAAGGAACCACUUAGAGCUGUGGUACAAGGGCAUUUUAGGGCUCUUGUGUCCCAGCUCUUACAGGGGGAGGGUAUUAAAGUGGGCAAAGAGAAUGGUGUUGAGGAUUGGCUUGACAUAGUUACAACAAUAGCAUGGCAAGCAGCAAAUUUUGUUAAACCAGAUACUAGCCGAGGAGGCAGCAUGGAUCCUGGUGCUUAUGUAAAGGUUAAGUGCAUUGCGUCAGGAAGUCCAAGUGAGAGCGCCCUCAUAAAGGGAGUAGUUUGUACGAAAAAUAUAAAGCACAAGCGCAUGACCUCACAAUACAAAAAUCCUAGAUUGCUUCUUUUAGGAGGAGCACUCGAAUAUCAGAAAGUUCAUAACCAGUUGGCAUCUUUUGAUACGUUACUAGAGCAGGAAAAUGAUCAUUUCAAGAUGAUUAUUUCAAAGAUUGAGGCUCUUCGACCAAAUGUUCUACUAGUAGAAAAAAGUGUAUCUUCAUAUGCCCAAGACUAUCUGCUCGCAAAGGAAAUCUCUUUAGUGCUGAAUGUUAAGAGGCCGUUACUAGAGCGUAUAGCCCUGUGUACUGGUGCUCUUAUUACUCAAUCCAUUGAUAGUAUUUCUACAGCUCGGGUGGGACAAUGUGAACUGUUCCGGACAGAGAGAGUGUCUGAGGAGCAUGAGACUGCAAACCAGUUCCACAAAAAACCAUCUAAAACAUUGAUGUUUUUUGAAGGCUGUCCAAGGCGUUUAGGUUCCACGGUCUUGCUUAAGGGCACAUGCCGUGAUGAGCUAAAGAAAGUUAAACAUGUUGUUCAAUAUGCAGUGUUUGCAGCCUAUCAUCUAUCUCUUGAGACAUCCUUUCUUGCUGAUGAGGGUGCUAGUCUGCCUAAAAUGUCACUUCAACCCUCAAUUGCUGUACCAGGGAGAGCAAUGGCUGAUCCUGUUAUUUCCGUAGUCCCUAAUUCUCUUGCUUCAACCGGUAGCCAAGCUGUGGCUGAGCCAUCAGUCCAAGAUGCAGAAAUUGUGAGUCUCAGUCUGGAUCUUGAAGGACUGGAGUCAUUGUCUGCUCAUCUUGAUUCUGUUCAUCCUUUGUCUACUAGUUCCAUGAACUGUAGGGUCAGAAAUGCCCCAUCUGAUGUAUGCUAUGAUGAUUUAGCAUCUAGUGAGGUUUUGGAGUCGUGCACAUCACAUCAGUCAACAGAACUAAAAGGGCCCACUCCAAUUCCUUCUGUUCUGAGGAGUUUUUCCCAGUCAGAACUACAAUUUGGGGAGAUGAAUGAAUUGACAAAGUCUUCAAGGGCGGAUGAAAAUGAAGUCUCCAGUGAAUACUUUUCAGCCACUGAAACUCACCAGAGCAUAUUGGUAUCAUUUUCAAGCCACUGUGUGCUGAAAGGAAUUGUAUGUGAACGCUCUCGGCUCCAGCGCAUAAAGUUCUAUGGCUGUUUUGAUAAGCCUCUAGGGAGAUAUCUUCGUGACAACCUUUUUAAUCAGACAUCUAGCUGUCAAUCAUGUAAAGAGCCAGCUGAGGCCCAUGUCCUAUGUUACACCCAUCAACAAGGAAAUCUUACGAUCAAUGUUAGAUGCCUCUCCUCUUUAAAGCUACCUGGGGAACAGGAUGGCAAGAUAUGGAUGUGGCAUCGAUGCCUGAGGUGUCCUGAUGUAGAUGGAGUUCCACCAGCAACCCGUAGAGUUGUUAUGUCGGAUGCUGCCUGGGGACUUUCUUUUGGAAAGUUCUUAGAACUUAGCUUUUCGAACCAUGCAACUGCUAAUCGUGUCGCGCCCUGUGGUCAUUCAUUGCAAAGGGACUGUCUCCGUUACUAUGGGUUUGGGAGCAUGGUUGCAUUUUUCCGGUAUUCCCCCAUUGAUAUUCUCUCUGUCCAUUUGCCACCAUCAGUGCUUGACUUCAACGGUCAUACUCAACAUGAGUGGAUGAGAAAAGAGGCAGCAGAGCUUGUCGGUAAAAUGGAAACCUUGUAUGCAGAGAUAUCUGAUGUACUUGAUAGCUUGGAAGAAAAAUGUAAAUCUUUUGGAAGUGAAUGGUCAGAGAAACGUGAGCUACAGGACUGCAUCGUUGAGCUAAACGGCCUGCUCAAAAAGGAAAGAAAUGAUUACAAUUAUUUGCUACAGCCGGCUAUCAUGGGGAUUUCACGGCCAGACUGGACGGCUAUAGACAUUCUGGAACUGAAUCACUUGAAACGCUCUCUUUUAGUUGGUUCACAUGUCUGGGAUCGGCGGCUUUAUUCAUUGGAUGCUUUACUAAAAAAAUGUUCUAUUUCUAAGGUCCCCCAAGGGGAUGUGUCUUACGCCCAGCUGAAAGAGAUGAAAAGAAAAUCAUCUUUUAAGCAUGGCAAGCUUGACUUUGGGCAUGAAGGGAAUAAGUCUGAAUCUUCAAGAUUACAGGAGUCCCCCGGAAAUGAUUUGCAGUCAGAGCAGAAGCCUAGUUUCCUGUCCUUUGAACCCUGUGUUGCUGAUGACUCCAUGUUAACCUCAUGUCAUCAUAACAGAGAGGAGGAAAUACAUUCAGAUGUAGAAGUUAAUGUAAAUAAGAUUCCCAUUGAAAGCUUCUCUCCCAAUGAAUCUACCCUAUCUGAGAGAAUAGAUUCUGCUUGGACAGGGACUAGUCAAAUUGCAAUGAAAGCUGAACCGCUUCAUACAUCACAAGUAGAUGGAUUACGACCUGGAUCUGUAAGGCUGGUUGGUCAGAAUGAUAAUCCUCCUUUUAGAAGGCUUAUGUUGCCUAAGAGAGUUCAUUCUUUUGAUUCUGCAUUAAGAGUGCAAGACAGAAUCCUAAAAGGAUUGCCUCCCUCCCCAUUGCAUUUGUCGAAUCUUAAAUCUUUCCAUGCUUCUGGAGAUUACAGGAGUAUGGUGAGAGAUCCUGUUCCCAAUGUAAUUAGAACCUACCCCCAAAUUCUGCCACAGGAGAUACAGAAAUUAAAUUUAAUUACGAGUUACACACCAUCAUUUCUUUCCUCUGCAUCUCAUAUUGCUGAGGGAGCUCGAUUGCUGCUUUCCCAAACUGGCUGCAGUGAUAUUGUUAUUGCGGUUUAUGACAAUGAACCCACCAGCAUAAUUUCAUAUGCCCUUAUUUCAAAGGAGCAUGAUGACUGGAUUGCUGAUAAAUUGAAUGAGCAUGAGGGAAGCUGGAGUCCACAUGAUAUCAGUAGAGAAGAUUCUUCAGCUUCCACCAUUUCUGCCUGGCAAUCUUUUGGCUCUUUGGAGUUCGAUUAUGUCCAUUAUGGUAGUUAUGGAUCUGAAGAUUCCUCAUCAUCUGUGGGUACCCUUUUUAAGGAUCCCAAAAGAUCUCCACAUUUCACGAUUACUUUUGAGGAUGAGUCAUCAACUGCUGGAGGUAAAGCAAAGUUUUCAGUCACUUGUUAUUUUGCGAAACAGUUUGACUCUCUUAGGAAAAGAUGCUGCCCUAGUGGAGUUGAUUUUGUGCGAUCCUUGAACCGCUGCCAGAGAUGGAGUGCACAAGGGGGAAAAAGCAAUGUAUAUUUUGCUAAGUCAUUGGAUGAAAGAUUCAUCAUAAAACAAGUUACAAAAACUGAGUUGGAUUCCUUCGAGGAUUUUGCACCCGAGUAUUUUAAAUAUUUGACUGAUUCUCUUAUCUCAGGAAGCCCAACUUGCCUUGCCAAAAUUCUCGGUAUUUAUCAGGUCUCUGUUAAACACCUGAAAGGUGGCAAGGAAACAAAAAUGGAUUUGAUGGUGAUGGAGAACCUCUUUUUCAAAAGGAAUAUCUCAAGGGUCUAUGAUCUCAAGGGCUCGGCACGAUCCCGUUAUAAUCCAGAUACAACAGGAACAAACAAAGUACUACUAGAUAUGAAUUUGUUGGAAACAUUGCGUACCAAACCCAUAUUUCUUGGAAGUAAGGCAAAGAGGAGCCUAGAAAGAGCCAUCUGGAAUGAUACAUCAUUUUUGGCAUCCGUGGAUGUUAUGGACUAUUCACUGCUGGUUGGGGUGGAUGAUGAGCGCAAAGAGUUGGUUUUAGGGAUCAUUGACUUCAUGAGACAGUAUACUUGGGACAAGCAUUUGGAGACAUGGGUAAAGGCAUCUGGGAUUCUUGGUGGUCCGAAAAAUGCUUCACCUACCAUUAUUUCCCCCAAAGAGUACAAGAAAAGGUUCCGAAAGGCAAUGACUACCUAUUUUCUCACUGUACCUGAUCAAUGGUCUUCUUGAAGAUUUUGUCUAUCUUUCGUACUCCAUAAGUUAUCUGCUCACCAAUAAACGAACGGGGGGAUUGUAAUUGCAGAUGAAUGGAAAGUAAUAUCCCUCCAUAUCAAUUUUUUUUCAUUCAAAGAUUUUGUAUAUUGGGACAAAUAACCCAAACCAGAGGUGGUUUUAACACGAAGAGUAAAGAAGAGUUGGCUAUUCAUGGCUA